AUGCAACCGUCGAUCGCCUGGGGAAUUUCCGGGACCCACGUUCGCCUCCCCCAAAGCUCUCCUGACAGCAAGGAUCAGCCAUGUGUUCAAUGGACUAAUUUGGAUUCUGAACACGACGGUUUCGAUAUUGCGACAAUCGACCGAAAUAUCUAUAUCACGAAUAGUUUCGCAUCGGACAGAGAUCAGAAUGGCUUGACACUCAUCCCGCCGUCCGCUAUUGAAUUUGCGAAUACCUUUCGCCAGGACUUGGAGGAAAUAACGGGCGAGUCAUGGAAUCUGCACCCUGUUGAAGUGUGGCCCGAAGGCCAAACAGGAAUUUUCCUGGACAGACUAGAUUGCUCUCAAGACGGGUUGACGUAUGAAAAUGGUGAUCCCACAGAAGAGGGCUACAAGCUUCAGGUCCAACCGGGACGCGUCUCGAUCCUUGGCUCAGGCGCCCGUGGAAUGUGGUGGGGAACACGAACUUUGCUGCAACGGUUGUUGAUAGCUCACAACUCUCCCAUCCCGUCUGGUCAGGUGGUUGACGCGCCCUCGUAUUCAACGCGAGGAUUCUUACUAGACGCUGGGCGGAAAUGGUACUCCCCAUCGUACCUCAAGGAUCUAUGCACAUAUGCGUCUUUUUUCAAGCUGUCUGAAUUUCAGUACCAUACUAGCGACAACUAUCCCUUAAGUCGUGGCCACAAUGAAACCUGGCAAGAUGUCUACGCACAGUUCUCCUUGCGGCCGGAGAGUCCCGAGCUACAGGGAAUUGUACAAAGAGAAAACGAGACACUCUCCCGGGCGGACUUUGAGGAUCUUCAGCAGCACUGUGCCCAACGAGGUGUGACUGUCAUCCCUGAGAUCGAAGCUCCUGGCCACAGUUUGUUUAUUACAAAAUGGAAGCCAGAAUUAGCCUUAGAGAGCAAAGAUCUGCUGAACCUGACCCAUCCGGACACCAUUCCCCUGGUGAAGUCUAUCUGGACUGAGUUUCUGCCGUGGUUUCAAACAAAGGAAGUCCAUAUCGGUGCCGAUGAGUACGAUGCCACCCUGGCAGACGACUAUAUUGAUUUUGUCAACGACAUGGCGGAAUUCAUGGACGAACAGGCCGGUAAGACGAUUCGGAUCUGGGGGACAUACGAACCAUCUGACACCCGCAACAUCUCAAAGGACGUCAUUAUUCAACAUUGGCAGUAUGGACAAUCCGACCCAGUCGAAUUGGCAGAACAGGGCUACGAGGUUAUCAACUCAGAGGAUUGGUGGGCUUACAUGUCGUUAAAAAACGAUCACAUGCCGAUAUUCCCAGCCCCGUAUCCAGAUUUCUUCAACAACUCUAGGGUGCUCAACUUUGCGGACAGAGAGGGAUGGCAGUGGACACCGGCUCUCUUCAACCCUGUGAAUGUCACCGAGCAGCCUGACCCAAAGCCCGUCAAGGGUGCCAUUCUGGCCGCAUGGAAUGAUAAUGGGCCUGAUGCCACGACGGAGUUGGAGUCUUACUAUGCGAUCCGCAAUGGCAUUCCCGUUGUUGCAGCGAGGGCGUGGGCUGGAAACCGUGGGCCCAUUAUCAAUGUAUCUACCUUGUCAGACUCGAUGGACUUGUUGACCUCGAAGGCUGUGGCGCAGAACCUGGACCGACAAAUCUCCCACAAGAGUGAAGAUGCUAAUGAGCUUUUGAGUUGGACCAACCCUUCAGAGAAUAUAAACCGCGACAAAAUCCAUCUAGGAUAUGGCAGCAAGGGGAUGAACUACGAGUUGACUCUAAAUGUUUCAGGCCCAUUCACCCUAUGGUCCAACGACUCCACCCUUGCAUUGUCGCCAGACGGCAACCUGACUUUUGUCUCAGACGGAUGGGAGUAUCCCCUGCGCUCCAUAGAAGAAACGGAUGGGUUCGACGAAAGCUAUCCAGGCCGAAUUUGGACGAACGAGACCUCCUCAACGCACGAGCCGUCGGGUCUGGGUCAACGAGGGAUUCGCCGGAAGAUUCGAAGUGCUGGUAUUUGGUGGCAAAAACCGGCUAUUAUCCUGGAGCCAGAUGGCGUUCGUGGCACCACUGGAGUGGAUUGA